AUGGUCGACCAGAAGACACCGCUGGAGCCCCCUCCGGCAUACGACGACCAGUCCCGAGCCAAACAGCCUUCUCCCAAUGCCAGACCAGGUGCUCCGGGCCCCGUCCCACCGCGACCUCUCGACCUACCGGCGUUGACCAUGAUCCGAGGCCGACGAGUGAUUCUGGCAUCCGCAUCACCUCGCAGAAGACAACUCCUCGCACAGGUGAGCAAACAUCACGUCCUGCAUGCUGUCACUGGAAGCUGAGCGGCGCAAUGACAGCCCGCUUGACAGAUCGGCCUGACGAAUCUCGAAAUCAUACCCUCGACGCUGCCCGAAGACAAGGACAAAUCGCUUGCGCCGUUCGAAUACGUCCUGCAGACUGCGGAGCAGAAGGCUCGCAAUGUGUAUCAGGCCACCAUUGAUGAUCCCCAAGGAGAGCCUGCGCUGGUGUUGGCCGCGGAUACGGUAGUCGCGACGCAUUUUGGUCAGAUCCUGGAGAAGCCAAAGAGCGAGAGGGAGCAUUUCGCGAUUCUACAGAUGCUUCGGGAUCAGAACAACGGUUGGCAUAAGGUCUAUACAGCAGUCGUGUGUAUGGCUCCUCUGGAGAGCUUGAUGGAUCCCGGCUACGCCAUGGAGACGCAUGUGGAAGAGACGCAGGUCAAGUUCGACCAGGAAGUCACAGAUGACUUGCUUAUGUCGUAUGUUCGGACGAGAGAAGGCGCGGAUAAGGCUGGAGGAUAUGGCAUCCAGGGCCUGGGAAGCAUCUUGGUCGAGAAGAUCGAUGGCACGUUCGACAACGUCGUCGGUCUGCCGCUGAGAGCUACUCUGCAGCUCAUCGAGAAGGUGGUCGUUGAUCCGGCGGUCCCCGAGGAAGUCGAUGAGGCUAUUUGA